AUCUGUUCUUCAUAGAAAGAAGAAACCACCAAAAAAAUUGGCACCCCAAUGUCACAUUGGAUAAGAUGAAUGACAACCACAAACACCCUCCUGCAGAUAACCAUGUAAAUAUCCAUUCCACUGCAACUAUCUCAAAGGAUACUCCUUUUGAGUAUCCUGAAAAUGGGAACACUUCUAUUCAACUCUUAUGGUUUAGCUUCUUUCUCAGUCUCUUACAAUUUCAGGAACAACAGAGCCACCAAUUGCAGAACCAUUAAAACCUCUAAACGUCUCAGCUUCUCCAGAGGAAAAAUCAGAGCUGUGGGGACUAUCCCCCAGAGUGAAUCAGAGGAUGCAGUGUCCGAAGAACAAGAACAGGCUGCUGUCAAUUUUGCAUUUAUCAGUCCUGUUUUGCUUCCUGAUGGAACACCAGAUGUGCAUUUUCGAACAGCUUGUGGUGGACAGAAACUUAGGGACAUUAUGUUGGAUUCAAAUAUCGAGUUGUAUGGACCAUAUGCUAGACCUCUUCUGAAUUGUGGAGGAGGAGGAACCUGCGGGACAUGCAUUGUUGAGGUUAUUGAAGGGAAGGAACUACUAAGCCCUCGUACAGACAAGGAGAAGGAAAAACUCAAAAAGAAUCCAAAAAAUUGGAGACUUGCCUGUCAAACUAUGGUUGGGAAAACAGAUUCCAGAGGCCUGGUUGUCAUCCAGCAACUGCCUGAAUGGAAAGGACAUGAAUGGAGUUAUGUCAAAGAACCCCUUCCAGAGCCUUCAGAACCUUGACAUGAACUCUUUUUCUUUCUAUUUUUAGAUUUAAAUCUCAUGAAGAAAUUCUUAAUUUCACAAACUGGUAAGCUUUACAUGAUUACAUAGACGAGAUGGUCAAUUGAAGAAUAAACUAUACACACUCCUGUAUGCAACAAGGGUCAUGGCACUUAAAAAUCAAUCACACAAAUUGGAACUUCUUUUCUUCGAAAGCUAACGGUAUCUAAAUGAAAGUUUUUUCUAUCAUUAUUUUUCUG